UAGUGUCCUAGUGGUGUCCUAGCAGUGUCCUAGUGGUGUCCUCAUAGUGUUCUAGUGGUGUCCUCGUCCUUUAGUGUCGCUCCUCUAGUCUGUGUUGAGCGUAAAAUCAAAAGCUGACCAGAAACUUUGUUAACCAUCGAGGAGAAAUCUAGUUGGUGAGAUAGUUUUUCUCUGUAACCCCCUACUCUGACUACAGAAACAUACAUAUAACACACGAGAAAAAAAACCAAACAGCAAUCCCUCAUGGUUGUUCAGGUCGGCCACCAGGGUUAUUUUUAAUGUCAUUUUUUUGUGUGUUUUUUUUUUUAAACUUGCCUUGGUGCUUCAGUGAUCACAGUUGGCAACUUGUUCCACAUUGUGAUAGACCUAUAAAUAACAGAUCUGCACACUGCUUCUGUUCUGGGUUUCUGUUUGACUAGAUCACCCCUCCCUGGCAGUGUGACUGUGUCGAUCUCAAAGCAGAUCAUACUUCCUGUUCUUCCUCAGUUGUAAAAAUCGAAUCUACUAAAGUGGCUCCAUCUUGUGUCAGAAGUACAUUAGUGUUCCUGUCUUGGUGUCAGUCCACUGGUCAGUCAUGUGUAAUCAGUAGCACAGAGGAAGAAGUACUGUGAGGACUAAAGACAGACUGUAGAUUGUCUCUGUUCUACCUGUAAUAACUGAACUUGUAUCUGAUGUGUUUCUGUCUCCUCUCACAGGAUGAAGAUGAUCUGCAGCAUCCUGCUGCUCCUCAGUCUGACCUCCUGUGUCUCUGGAGCAUUUGUAGUGAAUGUGACACAGACCUCCUAUCAGGCAGAGGAGAACCACAACAUCACACUGGAGUGGAUGUUCACAGCCAGAACCCAAAGUUCCUCCAAAUCACUUUAUAUUUACUGUGAGAUGUUUGCUGAUCACAAGACCUCAGUCCUGUUUCAUCUCUAUGAAGGUGUUGAGGUCCCAGAGUCUCAGGAUGAACAGUUUACAGGACGAGUCAGGUGGGACAAAGACGUCCUCAGAGACGGACGAAUCAGACUUCACAUGUCCAGACUCAGGAUUGAUGACUCUGGUUGGUACCAGUGUGACAUGCUCACAGGUGAUGGUAGUGGCUCUAGGAUAUGUCGCCUCAAAGUCACAGCAGCUGCUGAUGAGCCCAAACCUCCGAGACCAACAAGGAGACCACAACCAGAGAGACCAACAAUGAGACUACAACUAGAGAGUCCGGAAUGCAUCUUCCGCUACUGUGGACUGAUAGGUCUACUUGUUCUCUGUGUUGUACUCUGCUAUAUCUUCACCGAAUCAGACGUACAGACGAGUCCAUGUGACCCAGGGGAGUUUAUACCUCUGAAGGAGAGAGGACAGAGAGAGGAGAUGAUAGUGGUAUCAUCAAUGUGA